GUCGUCGUUGUUGUCGUUCUCGCCGUCGGCUUGCUCCCAAACAGAAACGUCAAGCUUUCAGAGAUAGCGUACCAUGAUGGACGCGCGGAUGGCGAGGACACUCGCUCGCCUACAAAAUCUGCCAUCGAUCUCGCUCCCCACAGACUAUCCUCGGCUCGCAGGGAAUCGACUGGUCGAAGCCGCUUUUGCUGCUGACCUCUCGGAACCAACAUGCAAGGGACUCUUGAAGCUUGCUCUAUAUAACGAGAACGAGGACGCGGAAGAAGAGGAAGCACCGGAGGUGAGAGCGCCCUCACCUUUCCACAUCCUCCUCGCCGCUUUCGCUGUGCUCCUACACCGCUACACCGGCGAUACAGAUCUUGUUAUUGGCUCUUCGUCCGCAUCUGCACGGGAUCCUCUCGUUCUCCGGAUAGCAGUAAAUCCGGAUGACCCAUUCUGGGCGGUCGUGCGCAAGGUGCAGCAAGUCGAGCAGGAGGCAGAGGCAGACGCUCUGCCGUACGAAACCAUCGUACAUGCGCUGGGAAAGGACAAGCAUGAUACUGCAGAGAGCGCCCGACCCCUCUUCCGGGUGCGUUUCUUCGACGAGACUGACACACCACAAGAACACUUCCUACGCAGCACCAGCCUUACCUCCGACCUCACCGUCUUCGUGACCCGCCAACAUGAGACCAGCCGGAGCUCUGUCGCACCCCACAUCGGUCUUCGUCUGCUAUACAACUCGCUUCUCUUCACGCCUUCACGCAUGACGUGCAUUGUCGACCAGCUCUCGGUCCUCCUACGGAAGGUCGCCGCAAACCCCGUCGCGCCCGUAGGGUCCGCCCCUCUGCUCACCCCUGCCCAACGCGCUAUCCUACCAGACCCAACAGCCGACCUUAACUGGUGUGAUUGGAAGGGUGCCAUUACAGACGUCUUCUCGCGCAAUGCUCGCCGAUGGCCUGACCGUCCAUGCGUCGUUCAAUGUCUUCCUCCCGCCGGCUUCGACCACCCCCAGGAGAAGCGCACAUUCACCUACAAGGCCAUCCAUCACGCGUCCAACAUUCUCGCCCACCAUUUGCUGCAGGGGGGCGUUCAGCGAGAGGAGGUGGUCAUGGUGUAUGCGUACCGCAGUGUCGAGCUCGUCGUCGCGGUCAUGGCCGUCCUCAAGGCGGGCGCAACGUUCUCUGUGAUAGACCCCGCAUACCCACCGUCCAGACAAACCAUCUAUCUCAAGGUAGCACAGCCUCGAGCAUUGGUGGUGCUCAAGGGCGCCGGCCGGAUCAGCCCAAGUGUCCGCGACUUCAUCUCGUCUGAACUCCAAAUUCGCGUGGAAGUUCCUGCCCUGGAGCUGCUCGCAGAUGGCCAGAUUGUUGGUGGACAGGGCGCUGACGGCAAGGACGUCUUGCACCCGCAGUUGUCGCUAGGCGACAAGGACCCGGACGUCGUUCUGGGGCCCGAUAGCGUCGGUACGCUAUCCUUCACCAGUGGCAGUACGGGCAUUCCCAAGGGCGUGCGCGGGAGGCACUUCAGUCUAACGCACUUCUUCCCUUGGAUGGGCGAGCGUUUCGGCCUUGGGGAAGACUCCAAGUUCACAAUGCUCAGUGGCAUUGCCCACGAUCCUAUCCAGCGUGACAUGUUCACGCCACUGUUCUUCGGCGCAAGGCUGUAUGUCCCUACCGCUGACGACAUCGGGACACCUGGACGACUCGCGGAGUGGAUGGCAGAAAACGAGGUGACGGUCACGCACCUCACACCCGCUAUGGGUCAGCUUCUGUCCGCGCAAGCGACGCGACAUAUUUCUUCUUUGAGGAACGCGUUCUUCGUCGGUGAUAUUCUUACGAAGCGUGACUGCCUGCGGUUGCAGUCGCUCGCGGCGAACGUCCGCAUCGUGAACAUGUACGGCACGACGGAAACGCAGCGCGCGGUAUCCUACUUCUUGCUCCCGAGCGUGUCCGAAGACCCUACAUUCCUUGCUACCCAAAAGGACGUCAUGCCCGCUGGAGAAGGCAUGGUCGACGUCCAGUUGCUCGUCGUGAAUCGCAAUGACAAGAACGUACCGUGUGCAGUCGGCGAGGUGGGUGAGAUCUACGUCCGCUCCGGAGGUCUUGCGGAAGGGUAUUCCGACACAGAGGCAACUGCUCAGAAGUUCGUGACGAACUGGUUCGCAGCCGACGCCCCUCCGCGCAAGGAUACUAUUCUUGAGCCGCCCUCGGUGCAACCUGGCCCCGAAGCACAGUUCUGGAAGGGGAUUCGCGACAGGAUGUACCGCUCCGGCGACCUGGGGCGGUACCUACCAAAUGGUAUCGUCGAGUGCACCGGCCGCGCCGAUGACCAGGUCAAGAUCCGUGGUUUCCGUAUCGAACUGGGCGAGAUCGACCUGUAUCUCAGCCAGCACCCGCUCAUCCGGGAGAACGUUACGCUCGUGCGGAGAGACAAGGACGAGGAGAAGGUGCUCGUGAGCUACUUCGUGCCUGUUAGCGGGCCUGGGCUCGACGAGUUUGCGAGCGACGUGCCGGAGGGCGAAGAAGAGAAGGGCGUUGUCACUGGCAUGCGCAAGUACAGGAGGCUCAUCAAGGACAUCCGGGAGUAUCUCAAGAAGAAGCUCCCGAGUUACAGCGUCCCUACUCUGUUCGUACCUCUGAAGCGCAUGCCGCUGAACCCCAAUGGAAAGAUCGAUAAACCCGCACUUCCCUUCCCUGACACAGCACAGGCCGCGCCUACCACCGCUCAGGCAGGCCCCGCAGCUUCGCCGACCGAAGAGGCCAUUCGUGCCAUUUGGGCGCGUGUUCUCCCGAGUCCACCUUCACCUAUUCCUCUCGACGAGAGCUUCUUUGACGUCGGUGGUCAUUCAAUCCUUGCGACGAGGCUUGUCUUCGAGAUCCGCAAGGCAUUCCUUAUCGAUGCACCUCUGGGCCUCAUCUUCGACAAGCCGACGAUCAGCGAGCUUGCUGCUGCAGUGGACGAACUGCGCAAUGUGGAACUUGGCUUCGCGCACGCUGAUGGGGGCCAGAAGGCUUCGACAACUGAACAGUCAGCGCUCAAGGCGGCUCUGAAGCGCUCGGUGCAGCCCAAAAAGGCGGUCAGCUACAGCGAAGACUACGAAAGCCUGUUAGCGAAGCUCCGCCCGUCGUACUCAAGCGUAUCGGAAGAUUAUUCGAAUCGCCCUCUGACCGUGUUCCUGACCGGUGCCACUGGCUUCCUGGGCGCGUUCAUUCUGCGCGAACUGCUGUCGCGGCCUGAACGUGUCAAGAAGGUCAUUGCCCUCGUCCGAGCGCCCGACGCUGAUAAGGCCCUUGAACGUCUGCGGGACGCUGCCAGUGGACGUGGCGUAUGGGACGAAGAAUGGGUUAAGCAGGCGAGGCUAGAGGUCGUUAAAGGUGACCUUGACCAGGAGCUCUUCGGGCUGGGAGUCGCGGCGUGGAAGGGCAUCGCUGGCGAGGCCGACGCCAUCGUGCAUAACGGUGCGCUGGUGCACUGGGUGUAUCCUUAUGAGCGACUCCGGCCUGCGAAUGUGCUUGGUACGCUAACGGCGAUGGACCUCGCCGCGGUUGGCAAGCCGAAGCUCUUCGUAUUCGUGUCGUCGACGUCUGCGAUCGAUACGGAGUACUACGUCCGGCUGUCUGACACAUUCUCCAGGGGCGAGGAUAGCCUGGGAGGUGUGCCGGAGAGUGACGACCUCGAGGGCGCCAGGACGUCGCUGAAGACCGGAUACGGACAGUCUAAGUGGGUUUCUGAGAAGCUUCUCUUCGAGGCGGGCAGGAGAGGCUUGAAGGGACACAUCGUCCGUCCAGGCUAUGUCGUUGGUGACUCAGAUUCCGCAGUCACCAACACCGAUGACUUCAUUUGGCGAAUGGUCAAGGGCUGCAUCCAGCUCGGCCUCGUCCCUGACAUCAACAACACCGUGAACAUGGUGCCAGUGGAUCACGUAGCACGCUGUACUACACUAGCAGCUCUCUCGCCUCUCUCGGCUCCUCGCGAUGCACAAAGCGUGUUGCACGUCGCCGCCUACCCCCGUCCUGCCUUCAACGACUUCCUGUCCUCCUUGGCGAGAUACGGCUUCGCAACGCAGCGCUGCGAGUACCUCAUCUGGCGGCGACAACUCGAGAAGCACGUCAUGGAAGUGCAGGAUAACGCGCUCUUCCCGUUGCUGCACUUCGUCCUGGACGACCUUCCGACGAGCACCAAGGCGCCAGAGCUGAACGAUGCGAACAUGCGCGCUCUCCUUGCGCCGCACAUGGAGAACACGAGCAGCACCGUGGACGAUGAGCUUAUGGGCAAGUACCUUGCGUGGCUCAUCGACGCGGGAUUCCUGCCGUCGCCGAGCAACCAGUCUCCCGAAAAGCACCUACCACGACUGGCUGGCGGCGUAAGGCGAGCUGUUGGGCGCAGUGGCGUCUAGUUGUCAUGUGUAGUUCGCUGAAAGCCCGCCUAAAGCUCCAGUGCUUAUGCAAAGGCACCAUUGGGGAAGCAAAAGUAGAGCAUGAAAAUCUGUAGCUGUAUUCUGUGUAUCAUCUAUAUUGCCACGACAGUGAUGAAGUUCAUCCGAUUCCGUGCUGCGAACUGACUGAUGCUAGCCUCCUUUGACACUCU